AUGGGCGGCCACGGGGGCCUCAACAUUCUGCCGCAGAAGCGGUGGAAUGUCUACAGAGAUGACAACAGGCUGCGGGUGCUGCGCGAUGAAAGAGAACUGCAGCAGCAGCUGCAGCAGCAGCGGCAGCAGCAGCAGCGGCAGGUGCUGCUGGACGCAGUCACUUUGUUCAAGCGGCGUAAGCACGGUGUUGCUGCUGCUGCUGCUUCGCCUGCUGCUGCUGCUUCGCCUGCUGCUGCUGCUUCGCCUGCUGCUGCUGUUUCGUCAGCUGCUGCUGCGCCUGCUGCUGCUGCCGCGCCUGCUGCUGUUGCUGCUGCAAAGCCAGCAGCAGCAGCAACGGACGCUCCCGCUGGACCCGCUGCAGCACACAAGCAGCAGCAAUGGAGCAGCAGCAGGUUCGCAGCGUCUUCUGGAGGCGCAGCAGCAGCAGCUGCUGCAGCAGCAGCAGCAGCAGCGCCUCCACUCCCUCCGCACUCCCCCGUCACGCAGCAGCAGCAGCAGAGACGCCAGCAGCAGCAGCAGCAGCAGCAGCAGCAGCAGCAGCAGCAAACUGGAGUGAAGGGCCCGACUCUUGCUGCUCCACUGUCUGUACACCGCGGGCGCCUCGACGGGCUCGGGCGCCGCGGCCCGAAAGACCACAUAAAUUUGUUUGCUGCUGCAGAAGCAGCAGCAGCAAAGCAGCAGCAGCAGCAGCAGCGGUACCUGCUGCAGGCGGGGUACAGCAGCAGCAGCAAAAGCGACUUCGCAGUCAUUGCCAGCGAGCUCAAAGCCAACACUUGGUAUGCAGCAGAAAUGCCUUCAAACCUGCGGGCCAGGGCUGAGGAGGAAGCAAAAGCUGCUGCUGCUGCUGCUGCUGCUGCAGCACCUGCAGCAGCAGCAGCAGCAAACAAAAGCAAAGCGAAAAGGAACAAAUUCAACGAAGACAAACUCAGGGAAAGUCCAGGCCGCCCAGCAGCAGCUGCUGCGGGGGGCCCGCAGCGCAGAGAAGACCCCGUAGCAGCAGCUGCUGCUGCAGCAAGAAACCGCAUGCUGCUGGCUCUCCAGCAGCAGCAGCAGCAGCAGCAGCAGCAGCAGCAGCGGGGAAGGCACCCCCCAGGGGACUCUGCGGACUCUGCUUCGCCGCGACUUGCGGUGUCUGUACAGCACAGCGAGGAAUGCGUGGCCGUGGACUCCGACAGCAGCAGCAGCAGCAGCAGCAGCAGCAGCAGCAGCAGCAGAAGCCACCGAAGCAGGAGCCGCAGCAGCAGCAGCGACGUGUGCAUAAUUGCAGAGCGCGGGGUGUCUACGGAGGCCGCUGGAGCGAGCAGCUUUAAUUGCAGCAGCAGCAGCAGCAGCAGCAGCAGCAGCAGCAGCAGCAGCAGCAAAAGGCAGCAUAAAAGCAGCAGCAAGGCAGCAGCAAAUAAAAAGGAUAAACGCAAACGAUUGAAGGAAAAAGAACAGAAGAUCUUCAAGAAGUUGAAGAGGAAGUGGCUGCUGCAGGCUCUGGAAAUGCAGCCGCAAACACAAGCAGCAACGUAG